AUGCGGCCGACUGAGGACCGAGUCAGGAAGCUUGGGACAGCCGACCGGGCGAAGCGGAUUAUCCAGUGGGUUAUGGGUGAGGAGGAAUCCGUUGAGGACCGCACCGACAGCUUUUGUUCGAGUACCGAGCUUUCAUCGACAUCGAUCUCGAUCUCGACAUUUUGGUUCGAGUACAAUGAGGAAUACGAAUUUUCCCUCACCGAGGAGCUGGCCGACCAGGAAGAGUCCUAUGAAAGCUCCGACGAGUUCGAAGAUGACUUGAUUACUAUCGUCAACGGCGAAACCUACUACUACAGCAGCUUGGCCUUGGCUUUUUUCGCCGACUUUGCGCCAGUGUUUGAACACGAGGCGCUGCUUUCACGGGUCUUCGACCCGGAGGAAUCUGAGGAGGAAGAAUCCACCUCGGAUGACCAUUCCAGUUGGAAUGGUCUGCACAGGGACGAGAUUUUUCUCAUUGAUCUCUAUGAUACAAGCUUAUGGUCGGGCCUGGUUUGGGAGUGA